AUCUUCGCUCACUCCCUUCUUCGGUCCUGACUGAGCGUUGCUCUCCUUUUAUUCCAUCAUUCAUUCUUACCGUCGUCUUUCUUUCAUAGCGUCUUGAUACAGUUCACCGCGAUGCUCACUCAGUAUCUCGUUGGUAUAUCGACCGCCUUGAGUGGCCUCGCAGCCGCACUACCAUCUUUUCAUCAUCUAGAAAAUAGAGCAGCGUGCUCUGGCAACACGGCGAGCACCCGUUCGGAAUGGUGCGAUUACUCCAUAGACACCGACUACACAUCCGAAGUUCCCGAUACUGGCGUCACACGCGAAUACUGGCUCGAGCUUACUGAUGUGACCGUCGCACCCGAUGGCGUGUCUCGGUCGGCCAUGGCCGUCAAUGGAUCUAUACCCGGACCGACGCUCUUUGCAGACUGGGGCGACACUGUCAUUGUCCACGUCACCAACUCCUUGACCGACUCGCAGAAUGGUACUAGCAUUCACUUUCACGGCAUUCGACAAAACUACACCAAUGACCAGGACGGAGUGAGCUCCAUCACCCAGUGCCCGACCGCGCCCGGCAGCUCUCUUACAUAUACUUGGAAGGCCGUGCAGUAUGGAUCAACAUGGUACCACUCUCACUUUGCUCUGCAAGCCUGGGAAGGAAUCUUUGGGGGCAUUGUCAUCAAUGGCCCUGCCACGGCCGACUAUGACGAGGAUCUGGGUAUGCUGUUUCUCAAUGACUGGGACCAUCAGACUGUCGACGAGCUUUGGAUUAGCGCCGAGACGAGCGGUCCCCCAACCCUCGACAACGGGCUCAUCAAUGGCACCAAUACCUACGACGAUGGUGGAUACCGGUUCAACGUCUCGUUCACUUCGGACACGUCGUAUCGUAUGCGCCUCGUCAAUGCUGCCGUCGACACGCACUUUAAAUUCAUGAUUGACAACCACACAAUGCAAGUCAUUGCUUCGGACCUGGUACCAAUCGAGCCAUACAAUACCACCGUGCUCGACAUUGGAAUGGGUCAGCGGUACGACAUAAUCGUCACAGCCGACCAGGCUUCCACCGCCGACAGCUUCUGGAUGCGCGCCAUCCCGCAGUCUGCCUGCUCGGACAACGACAACGAGGACGACAUUCGCGGCAUCGUGUACUACGGCGACACCAUCAGCACGCCUUCCACCUCGGCAUACGACUACGACGACAGCUGCGACGACGAGACGGACAACAUCGUGCCGUACAUCACCAAGACUGUAGACUCGUCCGUCUCCUCCCUCGGCGAAGAAGGCGCAACCGUCGCAUUCAACUCUGACAACCUGUUCCGCUGGUACCUAAACAGCACCACCAUGGUCGUAGACUGGGAGGACCCCACGCUCCUGCAAAUCGUCAACGGCAACACCAGCUUCGAAACCGACGACGCCGUCAUCCAGCUCCCCGACGCCGACGAAUGGGUCUACGUCGCCAUAUCCACCACCCUCGCCGUCCCGCACCCCAUCCACCUGCACGGCCACGACUUUUACAUCCUUGCCCAAGGCACGGGGACGUACGACUCGUCCUCCACGACGCUCACUCUGGAUAAUCCUCCGCGCCGUGACACCGCUAUGCUGCCGGCGUCUGGCUAUCUGGUGCUGGCGUUCGAGACGGAUAACCCAGGCGCGUGGCUCAUGCAUUGCCAUAUUGGCUGGCAUACGUCAGAGGGCUUUGCGCUGCAGUUUGUCGAGCGGUAUGAUGAGAUUGUGGCGUUGACGGAUGCGGAUUCGCUGGAGAGUAAUUGUGACACUUGGACGAGCUAUCAGGAGGAGUAUUCGAUUGAGCAGGAUGAUUCGGGUGUGUGAGGAGCGGUGCGUUGUGAGGUUUUUAGCAUGUUUCGUAUGUUACGAAGAGAAUUGGCAAGCGCUACAAAAGAGGGCGUAUAUGCGUUGGCUUCGUGCCGGAGAGGACGCUGAGAGUGGCGGUUUGGAUUGUGGCGUGGUCCGGAUUCAUGAGUCCAUUGGAAUAUUCUCUUUUUUCUUAUCCUGUCAGAGUCGUAUAUAAACAUCGUUCAAGCAAGCUCCCUACAGCGCCAUUGCAUACAUCGGCGUUAUAGUCAAAGAAUCAUUUGCGAAUCGCAU